AUGGCUAACUCAAAGUUCUCACUCACGACUUUCUCUUCUCAAGGUAAACUUACUCAAAUUGAGUACGCCCUCGUCGCAGUUGAGCACGGUGACACUUGUCUUGGUAUCAAAGCUCGCGAUGGGGUGGUUUUGGCAACUGAGAAAAAAUUUAACUCAAUUCUUGUCGACGAAACAAGCGUAUCCAAAGCAGCAGUCAUCAGUGACCAUAUAGGAGCAAGCUAUGCAGGAAUUACAGCUGAUUUCAGAGUUCUUAUGCAGAAAGCCAGGAAAUAUGCAAUUAGUUAUAAAAGCACAUAUCACGAACCUGUCCCAAGCUCACAACUCUGUCAAGAACUCUCUACAGUGGUGCAAGAAUUCACGCAGUCUGGAGGAGUCAGACCUUUUGGAGUCUCAAUUUUGCUUGCCAGCUUUGACCAUGAAGGGCCGCAUCUUUAUCAGGUGGACCCUUCUGGAGCUUAUUUUAGCUGGAAAGCAGCCGCGAUAGGGAAAAACAUGACAAAUGCGAAGUCGUUUUUGGAAAGAAGGUAUAAUGAGGAGCAAGGACUUGAGGACGCAAUACAUACAGCACUUAUGACACUGAAGGAAGGGUUUGAAGGAGAAAUGAACGAGCAUAAUAUAGAGCUCGCUGUGGUAGGAGCUGAUAAGUUGUUCAGAGUGCUCACUCCUAAUGAGACAAGAGACUAUUUGAGUGAAAUUCAGUAG